UACCAGAGCGGGCGCUCAUCGGCACGGAUUGCUGUCGCAUCGGGCCAGGAAAAAAGGCCUGUCAGCCAGCAAUAAAUACAAAAACCACAACGAAAGCCAAUUGAAACCUGUGGCCACUUGUCACACACAUAGCCAAAAGUGCCAGUGACAGUUGUUUGCAACAUUCUUGGCAUCUGUCUCGAGUGGCAGAAGUAAAAAAAGGAAAUAAAAGAAAAUUAAUAUAUAUACAAAGGAAAUACCGGCUGGACAGUGGAAGUCGCGUGUGCGUGUUUCGAUUUUGCGGCACUACAAAAACCGAUACGAAACUCCAUUUAUGACCGCCGUAAGUCGUAAGCCGUGAGUUGUGGGUCGUCUUGUACGUGUUUACGUUAUACUUUAUGUACAAAAAAAAAACCAAGGAAAAACGUGCGGCAAAUUGCGGGCAACUUCUUCUUGGAGUGGGUAUAGAAAUCAAAAAGAAAUUCCAUUUUAACAAAUCGAUUUUGGGUGUUCUUUUUUAUAUUCGAGUGCGGACAGCAAUAUAAAUAGAGCCGCGUUCCGUGGGCUGAUGACAAAUUAAACUGUUGGCACACAACCAAAAAAAAAUCCAAAAUAGCUGAAAAAAAAUAUCUCAACGGCGUGGGCAUUAAAAAAUUACGAACCGCGCGUGUUAAAAGUUUGAGCUGUUAUCAACCGAAAACAAAACAACAACAACAGCAAGGACAACAAGAGUAGAACAGCAUUAACAAUAAACUGCGAUAAAAGCAACAGCAAAAUCGGGAAAAGUUUCAUUAUUUUGGUGGGGAAAGUGAGGAGGCGUCAAGGAGCCACAGGCACAAGGCAAAUCAGGAAGGACAAUGAAGGCGUCGCGGCCCGCCGGCUCAUCCUGCCCUACCGCCUCUCGAGGACCUGUCCCGCCAUCAUCAUACCGCUCCUCAUCAACGGCGGACGUAGGGCGCGUGUCGAGCAAUUCCCGUGUCGCCGACUGUUGCGCGCUUGAGUGCCGAAUCGACUUUUUGCCAUUGCCAACAGUUCGAGCAUCGCAGAGAUCCAAAGUUGAAGGAGGAGGAGCCUCGGUGGAGGACUGGGAAAUGGAGUGGAGGAGCCCGGUUGGCAAAUACUCGAAACUCGGCGGCGCAACUGAGGAGGCAACCAGGAUGACGGCGAACUUCGGCAGCCUUGUUUGCAUUGCAGAUUGCAAUUACGCGCGUUUUAAAUUACGCCCAGCGAAGGCCGGGGAAAAGAUAAACCACAGGUACACAGGUACACACGAAAAAGCAUUGGGGAAGCAACUUGAAUGAGUUGAGCUUCAAUCAGGCUGCGAAAUUGAAGAGAUGUCAGGGGUUAACGUGGCUGACCUUCUGGCCACGACAAUGACAUUGCCCAUAACAGCCGCAUCAACAGCAGCAGCAACAUUCGUUGCAGUGAGUGCCACAACAGCAGCUUCAACGAACAGCAGCAGCAGCAGCAACAGCAGCCACCUGCAACCUGCAACAUUAACUAGCCACAUUUCCACAGCAGCAGCAACAACGCCGACCAUUCUGCCUAUAACAUCGCAAUUUGUGGAUGCCUCGUUGACUUCGCUAUCACUGACAGCCACCUCGUCGUCCUUCUUGUCCUCGGAGUCCCCCUUUGAGUUCCUCGCCACAGUGGGGCCCAAUCUGACGGGCUCCAAUGGCAGUGAGAUUGUCGCGGAGCACCCCGAGGAGCUGGAGGAGAGUUGGAUGGAUCUGUCGAUUCUGCUGCUCAAAGGAUUCAUCUUCUCGUCAAUUAUCCUGGCCGCCGUGCUGGGCAAUGCGUUGGUCAUCAUCUCAGUGCAGCGCAAUCGAAAGCUGCGGGUGAUAACCAAUUACUUUGUUGUGUCGCUGGCGAUGGCCGACAUGCUGGUGGCCCUCUGUGCGAUGACAUUCAACGCCUCCGUGGAACUGUCCGGUGGAAAGUGGAUGUUCGGACCGUUCAUGUGCAAUGUGUACAACAGCCUGGAUGUUUACUUUUCCACGGCCAGCAUACUGCACCUGUGCUGCAUAUCGGUGGACAGAUACUACGCCAUCGUGCGUCCGCUGGAGUAUCCAUUGAAUAUGACACACAAAACGGUCUGCUUCAUGCUCGCCAACGUAUGGAUCCUGCCCGCCCUCAUAUCCUUCACGCCCAUCUUCCUGGGCUGGUACACCACGGAGGAGCACCUGCGGGAGGUGUCCCUGCACCCCGACCAGUGCUCGUUUGUGGUCAACAAGGCCUACGCCCUCAUCUCCAGCUCGGUGAGCUUCUGGAUACCCGGCAUCGUGAUGCUGGUGAUGUACUGGCGCAUCUUUAAGGAGGCGAUACGGCAGCGCAAAGCCCUCAGUCGCACCAGCUCCAACAUCCUGCUGAACAGCGUCCACAUGGGCCACACCCAGCAGCCCACCAACCUGAGCUAUCUGCAUCCCAGCGACUGCGAUCUCAACGCGACUUCCGCCCGCGAGGAGACGCACAGUGCCCUGAGCAACUUGGAGGACAUGCUGCAGCCGGCCACCGACGAGGACGACGACAGGGACGAGUGCGAUGAACUGCGAGUGCCGUCGCCACCGCCACGCCGCCUCAGCCGCAGCAGCAUCGACCUGCGGGACCUGGAGCAGGAGCGGUACGAGAAGGUCACCCACACGGACAGCGCCCCCUCCAUGAUGGCCCUGCAGCAGCAGCAGCCCACCCACAACCAGUUGCAGCCACCGGCGCCAGUGUUCAACCCGCAGAUAUGGACGGAGGGCAAGAUGAUGCCCUCGAAGGAGCUGGAGAAGGAGUAUCCCGGUCAUCCCACGGCGCCGCAGCAGCAGCUCAGCCUCACGAGCGGCAGUGGGAACAGCGAACCGGAGCCGGAGUCCACGGCCUACCGGGUCUUUGGCCUUAACAGCGACGAGAGCGAGUGCAACGACCUGUACGUGGAUAGCCACCUCCCGCUGGCCGAGGACAACAAGGAGCUGAAGCGCCUGAUCGAGGACAACUAUCUGUACUUCAAGCGGCAGACGGGCGGCACCAUCAUCAGUGGUCCUGGGGGCGGGAAGUACGCCGCCCUCAGCGAAACGGACUUCAUUCGGCUGAAAGCAGGAGCAGCGGCCUGCGGAAGGAAGGCCAUCGCCUCCAGCGAUUCGGAGUUCCUGCGGACCAUCAGCGAAUCCCGGGCCCUGCCGGAGCAACCGCUGCCCAGUGGCAAGGAUAAGGGCUUCAACAUCCUCUCCCUGCUAUCCAAGACGAAGCGCUCGAGCACCGAGUGCUUUGCGCUGGAGAAGAAGCGCCAGCAGGGCAACACGGGCUCCGAGGGAUCCAGCUUCUUUCGGCGCUCCCGGAACCGGAAGUUGUCGCACAGCUACAACGGAUGCGGCGGCGGCAAGGAACGCAAACUUGAGCGACGCCAGCGGCAGCACAGCGACACGGACUCCACGCCCAACAAGCCGGACAUCCUGCUGGACAUCAAUGUCCUGAGCGAGCAGUCAGGCGCCAGUGUGAUCCAACAGUUCAGCGAUGGAGUGCAGCUGAUCGACUUCAGCGAGGUGAAGACUCCGCCGGAGAGGAGGCGCAGCGAUGAUGAGCUGGCCCAGCUGGCCGAUUGCUUUGGGGAGUCGCCCCAGCAGCCGGCCACGCCGCCGCCAUCGUUGUCUCCUCCAGAGUUGCCGGAACCGAGUGGCCUGCUCAUCGCCAGCAGCUCGGAGCUGGCCGAGAUCUUUCGAUCCCUGAGCUUUCCGCUGGGCCGACCAGCUGGAGCUCCCCAGCGUUUGAGCACGCUGAGCGACCAGGUGUGCGCUAACUAUCUGAUGUCCCCACCGAACACACCGGCUCCCACGGCCCUGUCCAUGCCCAGUGGAGCUCCGAUGGACUCCUCUUCCUCGGCCAACGCGCAGUCGGCGUCCAUCAAUGUGUACUUCCUGUCGCCGCCGCCGCAUGCCGCCGGACCUGGUUAUACGCCCAGUGACGCCUCCACCGUGUCCCUGGAUGUGGUGACCAGCCUGCCCAUGCCCGUGCCAGUGCCCCAGCCAAAUCCCCAAAUGCCCUCGCAGCCGAGCAUAUCGCCCAAGCCGGAGAUCAUCCUGGACUCCACGCUGUCGCCCGUCGAAGGUUGUGGCGAUGAGCACCGGGAUGUCACGUCGCCGCUGUUUAAGCGCAAAGAUAGCGCGGGCGAGGCGGACGUGAGUGUUUCCGGCGGACUUGGAGUGGGUGGUGGCGGGGGAGGAGGCAAUGGACGCCAAGGACGCUGCAGCAUCCUGGCCGGCUACGAUGGCAUCCAGACCGUGCGCAAGCGACAGGCGUCCGUGGUGACCUACGACGUGAAUGUCAUCAACUUCUCGCAGGAGAACAGCGACAGUCGCAGCUACAUCCCCAUGGGCCGCGUUUCCACCAGUUCAGCAAGCGGCUCCGUGCGACCGGCCAAAGGAUGGAAGGCCGAACACAAGGCCGCCCGCACCCUGGGCAUCAUCAUGGGCGUCUUUCUGCUCUGCUGGCUGCCCUUCUUUCUGUGGUAUGUCAUCACAUCGCUCUGCGGUCCGGCCUCCUGUCCCGAUGUUCUGGUCGUGGUGUUAUUCUGGAUCGGUUACUUCAACUCGACGCUGAAUCCGCUUAUAUAUGCCUACUUUAAUCGCGAUUUCCGCGAGGCAUUCCAAACGCUGGAGUGUGUGCUGCCCUGUCUGGAGAAACGAAAUCCCUACAACGCCUACUACGUCUAGACCGGAUAGCGUCUGCAUUCCAACAUUCCAACAUCCCGACAACCAAACAUCCCAACACCCCUGCGAUAUGGAACAAUGCCCCUAUAAGUGAUAUUUAAUACUUGAGUGAAUCGUUAUACCAAAGGAAGAAAAACAAAGCAAAGGAAAACAAGGCCAACGGCAAUACCAGAAGGAUUCUAGCUGGCAAAAUCCUUGGAGCUAAGCAAUACUCAAUGUGUGUUUAUGUAUACGUGUACAAUUUCGUUUAAGCAACGAUAGGGAAUUUAAAUUAAAGUUGUGUUCUGAGCCCGCCAAGCAGCGGUUGCUGGGUCUCUGCUGCCCCGGAACCAUACUAUCCAUAUAUAAGUGUUGUUUGUCCAACUAAACAGGAGAUAUACGUAAAUGAUAUACAUAUGAAAGAAUAAAACCAAUUAGAAAGCGCGCGACUUUAUGCAUAGAGAAAUUCCAAUUUCAAAUGAAAUGUUGUCAAAUGAGUUGUAAGAAACAUGUAAGGUCACUUCGGCUUGUCGGAGAUAAGACACUUUUUCCAUAGAUUAUACGAUAUUAAUUUGUGAUACAUUUUUCUGAGCAGUUAUAACUGCCUUAGUUCUUGGUUCUCAAGAUUACAGACCACAUUUUAAGAUACACAGAUAUUAAUUUAUGUUGUAAAUCAUAAUAACAAAAGAAAUAUUUGGCAUAACUCUUCAUCAGCAAGUUUAUUUAGUACAAAUUUAAAGUCAUAUUAUUUCAGAAAUCUUAUCAAAGAACCAGAAAUCAUGGAAAAAGUGCAAUGCCAUAAUCUUACCUAUAGCUUUAAGUAUCAUAUGUAACCUAGAAAACUAGCAAACCAAAUCUACAUAAUCGAGUUAAAUGAAAUUGAUAAUUAUAAAUUACGCAAUCGAAAUUAUGUAAAGAAAAAAUAGAGAAUGAAAGGGAAUUGUCUAGGUGACGUUAGGAAUUUUCAAGCAGAAAGACAAUCUACCAAUGAGUAAACAAGAAUGAACUUUGAGCAACCAAAAUUGGCAAGCUGUAGGAAAUCUCGCUGUUCGCUGUAAAAUCGAUUCACUUAUUUCAAUUUAGUUAGUUGGAUCCCCCUCUCUCCUGAGUUGCGACGACUUUUGUGAUAGUAAAGGAAAUUGAUUGUAUUUCUAGUUGAAUUGGUUUGCGUUGAGCAAGUAAUGCAUCCCGUCUAAGAAUCUUAGAAUCUGUACGAUGUAUGUGCGUGUGUCUAGGUAUGUAAGGCCAUGUAUCGCUAUGUAUUUAAAUGUACUUGCUGAACUAAACUAUUGCAAAUUAAAGUGUGAAAAUAACGUGUUUUAAAAGCUGUUUAAAAUCUAUGUCAAUAAAUGGUCACAUCAGGAAAA